CCAAAGCCAAAGUUGCACCUUUGAAGACACUAAGCCUGCUACGGCUUGAACUAAAUGGUGCUCUUCUGUUAGCAAAAUUAAUUUCAAUAGUUCAAACCCAUCUAAAAUUAAACGAUCACAAAAUGUAACUCUGGUCAGACUCAGAAAUAGAUCUAGCAUGGUUGGAAAAACCACCCUAUACUUGGAAGACAUAUGUAUCGAAUCGCAUAUCACAAAUCUUAGACUUAGUUGGCUCAGCAAAAUGGCAACAUGUUGCAAGUGCAGAUAACCCAGCGGAUCUGGGGACAAGAGGUUGCAAACCACUUCACCUCACCAGCACUACACUCUGGUGGAACGGUCCCACAUGGCUAACAGAAUCGCAAGAAUUCUGGCCAAAGUCUCCUGCUCGGAAUAUCAUACCUCCGGAAAGUCGGAAAAUAGCAAAUUUUCAUAUCACUCCAGAAGAGGAUGAUAUUCUCCAAAGAUUUUCCUCAUUUCCUCGAGCACUAAGGGUAGUCGCUUAUAUGCACAAAUUCAUCCAUAAACUUAAACAAAAGGUGAAAAGAAUAUCAAACGAUCCCUAUAUACCACUGACAUAUUCCGACUUGCAACAUGCCAAGGUCAGUCUAAUCUUGUAUACACAAACUCGCUACUUCAGCAAAGAGAAAUCAAAGUUGCUUGAAAAGCGACCUCUCGAAAAGGGAAGCUCACUUCUCGUGUUGAACCCAUUCCUGGACACUAAGGGAUUACUACGGGCAAAUGGACGACUCGCCAACUCCAGCCUUAGUUACAAUGAACGACAUCCCAUCAUUAUCCCAGAGAAAUCCCGUUUUACCUACUUAUUUCUAAUAUAUCUCCACCAGCUUACACUGCAUGGUGAGCAUCGCUUGAUGCAACAAAUGGUCCGACAAGAGUUCUAUAUACCGCAACUAAAGCCACAAAUUAAAAGAACCAUUUUCAUGUGUAAACAGUGUACUAUCUACAAGCACAAGAUGCGUACGCAGAUCAUGGCAGCCCUACCACCUGAACGCUGCAACUAUGCUUUACCCUUUACCAUCACUGGGGUUGAUUUUGCUGGACCUUUCCAGAUAAAGGCCUCAAUGCUAAGAUCUUCCUCAUUUAGAAAAGCGUAUGUGACUGUCUUUGUAUGUUUUACAACAAAGGCAGUGCACCUCGAGCUAUGUUCGGAUCUGACUACUGCGGCUUUUCUUGCAGCAUUUGCCCGCUUUGUCGGACGGCGCGGAAUUCCUUUAAAAAUUAUGAGCGACAAUGGAAAAAACUUUGUCGGAGCUCAAAGAGCCACGGAAAAAGAGUUUUUACAAUUCAUGAAAGAAGUAUCCCCCGAAAUUGUCAAAAAAUAUGCAUCCCAAGGGAUCGAUUGGCAAUUCAUACCCCCAUGUUCGCCUCACAUGGGCGGACUCUGGGAAUCAGCAGUAAAGAGCUUUAAGUCCCAUUUAAAGAAAACGGCUGGUAACCAUAAAUUCAAUUAUGAAGAGUUUACUACAUUACUCACUCGUAUCGAAGCCGUAUUAAACUCCAGACCUAUCUCACCACUCUCGCAAGAUCCCUCCGAUUUCACAGCUUUAACCCCAGGGCAUUUUCUAAAAGGAGCACCCAUUCUGGCCAUACCUGAGCCAGGCGUGGAGUCACUAUCCAUAUUAAACAGAUGGGAACGAAUUAAAAUUCUCCAUCAUGACUUCAGCCGCCGAUGGAAGGAAGACUACAUAUAGGACUUUCACAAGAAUACCGGUGGAAAACUCAAGAAAAGGCGCCAAAGCUUAGAGACUGCGUCCUUAUACAAGAUGAUUGUCUCCCUCCUACGGAAUGGCGACUCGGCCGCAUAAAACAACUUCAUUACGGUUCCGACGGUCAUGUUCGAGUAGUUGAUCUCCGCAUUCAAACCGGAACGCUAACCAGACCGCCCGUCAAAUUAUGCUUUCUACCAACCGCCGAAGAUAAAGAAACGUAAAACCGAAACCGCAAUAUUAAUAAAUCAAUAAAUCGAUAAAACAUAUAAACCGCUUACCAAAUCGAAACCUCGAAUAACAUAAAUGACACAAAAGACUUAACAUGUAUGUACCGCAUGCUGUACCGCUCUACCAGACGCGACUCCGGACGCCCACCGGCUCCUCACACCAGUGGUAACGUCAGGCGUUCUCAAAGGACUCCUGUGACGGCAUACCGCCGGCGCGGACCCUCUCCAGCAGAAUCCCGUCCCUGGCGCCAAAACCGGGCAACCUCAAGGCGACGCCAUCAGCUUAGGCCACAAUCCCGCCGGUCAACAGGUCUCAGCAGCGUUGUAGCUACGCUACAGCAGCUACAGCGGCUUCUAGGCUAAAUACUCGCCUAGGGGGGGCCGGGAUGGCUAAAUGAGUAGCGACGUCGCAUCACAUCUGCAUCAAUUCAUCACACCGAAUCGACUAUUCACCUCAUCACGCGAGAGAACACCACACAUUAACACACAUACACGCAUAUGCACCCAAACGCGAUGACUUACUGCCGUCUAAUUAGAACAAAAGGAGUAGAGAAAGCACCUCGCGCACCUUUCGUUGAUACGACGUCGAUCACGCAGCAUCGCUUAUCGCAGCAUCCCGGUUCCCGUUCGCUACCCACAUCUAUAUUUUUAUAAAGUUUUCACUUAAUAUUAAACAAAUUUUCAUAAUAACUUUCAUCAUUGUGUAUAUAUAUAUAAUAUAUAUUUAACGGUUUUAAAACUACUGUUUAGUAAAUUGAAAUUCAUUUUAUAAUAAUACCCUUAAGUGAAUUUGAAGGAAAUAAAAAGUUUAUAACGAUUUUCGAAAUUCAGUGCAUUUUUCUUGAUAACAAUAAUUGUGAGUGGCCUAUAAGGUGAGUUUAAUGUACAAAGGCUGAUAACUUUGAUUCAUUUAAAAUUUUGAUAUGUAUUAUAAUGGUCGGUUACAAACUUGAAUGAACAAUUUGGAUGUUUGCAUCUUGAUUUUCCAUCAUCUAUAAACUUAGGAAAAUGUCCAAUAUUCUCUAACCUUAGACUUGUAUAACGGGGCGGUAGAGGGGCACUGUUAGGGCGAGAUCGUUUCGGAGAAACCUGAUUUUCAAUGCUACUUCCGGCUCGUUUUCUUUGUAACAGGGUUCCAUUUCACAUUAAGACUUCGGCAACUUCGCAUAUGAAGCAAGUUCAACGUUUAUUU